AUGGACACUGCGAGCGGCAAGCCUUCGGGCGCCCAAGGGCAGACCUCUCAGGUACCCGCUACCGACAAGAAGGGGAAGAACGCAGUUCGGGAUGACGAGGCGGGGAAAACACAGGGGAAAGCUGUGAAUCACAGUCACAAAACGAUCGGAAGAACGGCCUCUCUGGACAACGCCGCCCUUUGGGCGGAGUUCUCCCAGUAUCAGCCAGGAGGCGAACUGGUCAUCACUGAAUACGAGCCUCCUGACCCGUACAACUACCCAGAUUACCCGGAUCCCGAGCAAUCAAACAGCAACGACAAGGUCCUGUCCGAGGAAGAGCGGGAAAUGCCGCUCAUGGACCUCGUCUUCAAGUAUGCACCUCUGGAGCGGAUCGAAAAAGGCAACGCCCAGCCUCCAGACGGCGCCAGCAAUACGCACCACGGCGAUGCCCAGGGCUCGGCAGAACACAAGAGGCGACAACUCAGAGUCGAGAUUGUCCGACUUAUCAAGGGCGGCGCCGAUCAAGGCUGCCAAGUGCUCUUGUGCAAGAUCAAAACGGUCUCUCACGAAAUACCGAAGUACACGAUACGACAAUUGAAGAGAGCGCUCUCGAUAUCGCUCUCCAAACUGUUCUCGAAGUGGUCAUUGAGAAACAGACAGGAGACCACAGAGCCUCUGCUGCUCCCGCUAGUCGAGCAGCGUCUUCCGGCCGGAGAGCCCGUCGCCGUGGGUGACCUCGUCGUGCUCAAGGUGUUCGACCCGCUGCACUACGGCCACAUCGACCCCAGCAGAGGCCCACGCAAAGUCACCACCAUGGCCGACGGAGACAUGAGUCGCGAGGACGGCGCCUACCGUCACCUCUGGCGCAACAAGGCGACCGGAUACCCCCACAUCGCCCCUCAGUACCACGGUGCGUGGAAGGUGAACCUGGGCAGCCGGCACCCGGCCUUUGAGGGCCAGCGUCGUCAGGUCGGCGCGGUCAUGAUGGAGUACAUCCGAGGAACAACGAUCGAAGACCUCUGCGGUCGCAGCAGCGAAAAUAACAACCUCGUGGUCCCGCCUGGCGUGAGCACUCUCGACUUCGAGGGGACGAAACAGGUCAGAAUGGAACCGCACUUCAUGAUGGCAAUCUUCAAAGAGUACCUCCGGGGCAGCGUCUGUCAACUACACGCCGGGGUGGAACACUGGUUCCCCGAGCCCGAGAACGUCAUGGUCACCACCACUGACGAGGGAAAGCCACGGGCCGUCCUGAUCGACUAUGUGGCCGCGGGGAUCGAUUCGAAGCGCAGGGUACCGAUGAAUUACUUUCCUGGCCGGAGCCCCCCUCACCCAUGGACGCAUUUUUCUCUGGGAAAGCUGCAGUUCUUUCGUGGCUGGUUCCCCCCUCUUUGGAAUGAUGGUCGGUGGGAGCAAUGGGUGGCCGUCACAUUCGGAACGUUGGAUAAUUCGGCGUAUGGCCAUGUGCAAUAG